AUCUGACCAUUCACCGAAGCGUCUCCCAGUCAUGGUCAUCGUGUCUCUUUCGCACUUGUUCGUUUCUUCUCGCCCUUCUCCCUCGAUCUUUCUCCUGCCUCUGUUACGUGUACGUGCCUCGACACAUCCAUCCAUCCAUCCAAGCCAUCCCAGCCAUGUCAGACUCAAAAGGAAAUGGGCAGACAAUCAACGAUAAGAUACUCGCGGACACAGACAGGCAAGCUGCUUGCCAUCUUGAGGUGGAGAUCGACAGGGGUGAAUGCUUUGCUGUUCCAGCACGUCGCUGCUUGCAGGGUGCUUCACUCCUGCCCGAGGGAUGUGGACUGCAGACACAUUGCCAAACGAACAGACAGACAGCGAGACCGUGGAGCAGACCAGUGCAUCUGUGUAUGUGUCUCACUCACACGUUCAGGCACAGGCGGGCCCGGGAGGUCCUUGUUGGCAUCGAAAGUGGGCUUGGUGGCGGAAGUGGAUCUGGGUGCCGGAGUGGGCUUGGGUGUCGGAGUGGGCUUGGGUGGCACAGCGGGCUUGGGUGCCUUGUGAGUCAGCACCUCGCCUUUUAGAUCGACGUUCUGGUAGGGGGACUCCUUAGGGGUGGCGGCACCAUCAUGCAGACAUUUCAGUGGGGAGUGGCUGAUUGAGUGGGUGGGUGCGUGAGUGACUUACUGAUUCUGCUUCUUCAUGAGGUCCCUCGGCUUUCACCGGUUGUGCCGCUGGCUCCUUCACCUACAAAGAAAGCGUCAAGGCCGGCAGGCACCUCCGUCCGUUCCUGUCUGUCUCUGUGCUGCGCUCUCUCUGCGCAUGUGUGCACCCGGCCGCACUCGCCUGAUCUCCUGAAAAAUCCAGUUCCGCGUGUGGUCCGUAGAGGAGAUCCUCCUGCACACACACACACACACACACACACACACAAAUGCCUGGCUGGUGGAUGGAUGGAUGGAUGGAUGGAUGGGGACAUGGGUAGCCAAACGGCUGACCUCCUUGACAGGCGCCGGCUCCUGUUGUGUGGUCUUCGGGAUGGGCACUACCUUGCCCGUUGUUGGAUCGAUCAUUCCCCCGAUCUCUGCGUAGUCGCCUUCCGUGUCGGCUGGGGCCUCUGGCGCAACUUGCUCUGGCACCUCCAGAAUCGCCUUUCCCUUUUGUGGACAUCAUGACACCAAACGAAACAUCCAGAGACUCUUCUCUGAUCGGUGGGUGAGUCCUCGGUGAUCGCACGUGAGCAAUGUCUCUCUCUCUCUCUCCGCUUGUGUGUGUGUGUGUGUGUGCGUGUGUGUGUGUGUGUGUGUCUUUCUCUACCUACCGUCACGGGGUCCGUCCCCACUUUCUCUGCCCAGCCGACUUCGUCGUGCUCCACAGUUGACUUUGGCUGACGACAUCACACACCGACACACAGGCAGACAGGGAGACAGGCAUCGAUAUCGAUCAAUGAAUGCCUCAGACGUCAGCAAGUGACUGAGUGAUUUACUGCCUUUGCCGCCUCUUUCUCCGAUGUGUCGGAGACGGGCUCAGGGGCCGUGGUCCUCACGAUCUGUGCGUACUCGUCGCCGAGAGGGCCCUUUUUGUGGGGCACGGCGGCGGCGCUCACGCUCAUGCAGCACACACAGAAGUGGUGAUUCCCGCACGGCUCGCUGUUCGGGAUCCUCUUGGACCACUUGCGGCACUCGAGACCCUUGUAACACUCCUCCUCUUUCCAUGUCCCCCAUUCCUUGGCCCUCACUUUCCUCCCCGUCUUCUUGCACAGCUCGCCCAACCCCGACCCUCUCUGCAGCACCAAACCGAAAUAGGAACCGACGCAUGCACGCAGCGGAGCGAUUUGUUGUCUGUCGAUCCGUUGCGUACCUCGCGCUUGUAGUCCGGAGUUUUCUCAGUGUAGCCGGAUCCAUGGCAAUUCCACUUUCCCGUCUCUAUGAGGGAGCUCCCGAGAGAAAAACCUGCAGGCAAGCGGGCACACCGUGCAAUCCACUCAGGGCUGCGGCAGUCUCCUACUCGGCAGGCAUGCGGCUGCAAGGGCGCCAAUGGCGAGGCACACGAGGGGCUUCAUCGUCGUUGGCUAGAACAACUGAACACGGAACUGAACACAGCAGGCAUGGGCAUUCCGGAAUGCAUUGCAAAUGUGUCCUGGCAGUGAAGGUAAGGCCAGGGCUGCGCUAACCUGCCUUCGGGCUUCGAAAAAAAGAGGGAGAAAAGGCUUCCUGACGACGUCAGCCCCCAAUCGCGAUCCAAUUUUGAGACUGAGCCCCCAGGGAGGGAUGAGAUUGUUCCUCUUGGAAGAUGCUGCCCACGGAGCUCACCGCCGCUCAUCCGCAACACGACGUUGAACACGCCAUGGAAGUCAGCGAUGGACCAGCAGAUCUUCUCAGCGGC